AGACAGUAACAUCAGGUGCAACACAGUCUUUUUUAAGUCAUACUGUCCAUUCAUUCCCAUUUCCUAUCAGGGAACCAAAGAAAUGAACCCCGACAAAAAUCAACAAGAAACGGAAGAUGUCCAGAGAGCUGAUACAUCCACAGAGCAAAAUACAGAAGUGUAUUACUACUGACGUAACUGAUUUAAAGGUUCAUUUACAAAUAUGACACACUGGUUUCAUCGAAAUCCCUUAAAGGCUACAGCCCCUGCCUCCUUCAAUUUAUAUGGAGUGUCCACAACUACUGCUACAACAAAGAUCUGCAAUGAUCUAAGAAAUACUAGAGCACGUCUGCUGGAGCUACUUACAGAUGCCACCUGUAAUCCAGAUAUGAUGAAAAAUGGAACAGAUGGCUACUUUUCCCUUCUGCAAGGUUUUAUAAGUCCUUUGGAUGGAACAAGUCAAGAAAACAAACUGCGAUUUAUCCUGAAUUUUAAAUGGACAGACACUUUGCAAGGAAAUGUCCCUAGUGCUCAGCAAGAUGCUGUAUUUGAGCUUGUGUCUAUGGCAUUUGAUAUUGCUCUGUGGUAUACUAAAUACGCAUCAAGACUAGCUGGAAAAGAAGAUAUAACAGUUGAUGAAGCUAAGGAUGUGCAUAGAUGUUUAAAAACUGCAGCUGGGAUCCUCACUCAUCUGAAGGGUGUUCAUAUCUCAAGACUUAUUACACCUCCUGAAAAAGGAAGAGAUUUGGAAGCUCGAGUCAUAGAAGCAUUUAUCAUUCAGUGCCAAGCUGAAGCACAGGAAGUCACUAUUGCUAGAGCGAUUGAACUCAAACACAAUGCCGGGCUGAUCUCUGCUCUGUCCUACGAAACAGCAAAUCUUUACCAGAAUGCUGACCAUGUACUUUCAAGUUUGGAUGCAGCCUAUACAGCAAAAUGGAGGAAGUACUUACAACUGAAACAGUGCUUCUACACUGCUUAUGCAUAUUGUUAUCAUGGGCAAGUAUUACUGACGGCUGACAAAUGUGGAGAGGCAAUCAGAUCUUUACAAGAAGCUGAAAAAUUUUACAACAAAUCUGAUAUUCUUUGCAAAGAGUAUGGCCAAACCAAAGGACCAGGAACGACUGCAAAGCCUUCAGAGCACCUUUUUUUUAGGAAACUUGGUUCACUUAUAAAGAACACACUGGAUAAAUGUCAGCGGGAAAAUGGCUUUAUCUAUUUUCAGAAAGUGCCACCUGAAGCACCACAGUUAGAACUAAAGGCUAACUAUGGCCUUGUAGAACCCAUACCGUUUGAGUUUCCAGCCUUGAGUCCACUGUGGACUCCAGAAACAUAUGCUGCAUUUGAUAUCUCCAGAGGGCUGAAGGAAGAAAAGGCCAAGCCUAAACAAGAGGAUGAGGUGAAGCCUAUGAAGGAGCCUGAUAUUAAACCACAGAAGGAUACCGGAUGCCAGAUCUCCUAAAUGGUGAAAGUAAUAAAGGAUCCUGUUUUACCAUCGGCUACAUUUGGCUAUACUGAAAGUCAGUGUAUAGCUGCUUUGUUUUUACAACAGCCAGCUCUGAAUGACACUUCAGAUGUCCCCAAUACCAAAUCCUGAUGUUUCUAAAUCCUUCCACUAAUUCUUUCUUUUGACCAGACAAUUUUUUUGGCCAUUUUGCUGUCCUAAUGCCAGUGGAAUUCUUUGAUAACUCAAGCAGGCAGGAAGCUGUCACUUGUAAUGAAGGUAAAAUCAGAAACAGUAAGGUCUCAGUUAACCAGCACCCAUGGGGAUUGGUAGAUGCCGGAUAACUGUAGUUUCCGGUUGCUUGAGAGUUACUAUUAA